GCUUCUCCUUCAAGUGUGAGAGUUAUACAACAGUACAAAGUGAACACCAUUAAUACCUCGUCUCGGUGAUCCUAUCAAGCUUAUAUACUUUUAAGCAUAUCAUAUAUUUAUCGAUCGCGUAUUCUUAGCCACGAGAAAAUCUGAGUCGUAGAGAUGGAGGAAAGCCUCCCUCCUGGGUUCAGAUUCCAUCCCACUGAUGAAGAACUCAUUACGUAUUAUCUGACUCGCAAGGUUACAGAUGUUGGUUUCCAAACCAAAGCCAUGGCAGUUGUUGAUCUCAACAAGUGUGAACCUUGGGACCUCCCAGGCAAGGCUUCCAUGGGAGAAAAAGAAUGGUAUUUUUUCAGCUUGAGAGACCGAAAAUACCCAACAGGACUUCGGACCAAUCGAGCCACUGAAGCAGGCUAUUGGAAAACCACAGGGAAGGACAAGGAAAUAUUUCGCGCUGGAGUCCUUGUUGGUAUGAAGAAAACCCUAGUAUUUUACAAGGGAAGAGCUCCUAGGGGUGAGAAAAGCAACUGGGUUAUGCAUGAAUACAGGCUAGAAAGCAAUCAUCCUUUCAAAUCCACCAAGGAGGAAUGGGUAGUCUGUAGAAUCUUCCAAAAGAGCGCAGUGAAAAAACCACAACAGGCGCCAUCCUCGCAGCCAUGUCUUGAUCAUGAGUCUCCAUGUGACACAAACUCAAUAGCAAAUGAAUUCGGAGACAUUGAAUUACCAAAUUUAAACAGCAUUGCAAAUUCAUCCACCGGGUUCUGUAAUAUUAUAUCACCACAAGGUUACAACAGUGAUAUUAAUAACAAAGUUAACAUGAACAACAUGAACUUGAACAUGAAUUGGGGAGCUCCAUCACUCUCAUGGCCUUCUAGUUUGCUAAGCUCUGGUCUUUCAGUGAAUUCCCUACUUCUCAAGGCAUUACAGCUGAGAAGUUAUCAGCCAAGAGAAGCUACAAGUACAGACUACUCGUACAUGCCACAAGGGUUUUCUCAUUUUGGAAAUGAUUUAACGGCAAAUUUGCAACCAUCUUCCUCUAAAGUAUUAGAAUCUGCACAACAGCAACAGGCGGAGCAACCAUUCAAUAUGGACUCCAUUUGGUGAAGCAAUUACCUGAAGUAUGAGAACUAACUUCUUAUUAAACGUCUCUUCUGUGUAAACCAUAUGACUGGAAACUCUUACAUUGUUGUCACAAGAUAAUUAUGUGCAACCAAUAUACGUUGUACCUUUGUUCAGUUGGUUUUAUUAGAUGUUCAAGUAGGGAAACUUGCUCGUGGUUCUGUUUAUGUUCAAUUAAGUUGGUGUAGUUCAAUGUCAAGUAGGGGAAACUCCAGAGUCCUUUGUUGUUAAUUAUGUUCCACUUAGAACCGUCCUGUCUAUACCUCGCACUGUUGAUGAAUAAAUAUCUAAAAGGGAAAGCCUUUUUGGGCA